AUGUCUAUCACUGACUUUCUAUCAGUCUCAGACAUAACCUCAGCUAUUAAUGCUUGUAAAGCAAAGGAUUCAUUUAGCUCAAAGAUGUUUUUCAGAACGGUGGGUUUAUCCAGGAAAACUCCAACAGAGAUUGAGAGGGUCUUUAAGAUUUUGGACCAGGACAAAAGUGGCUUCAUAGAACAGGAUGAGUUACAGCUGUUCCUGCAGAACUUCUCCAAAGGAGCGAGGCCCCUGACUGCAGCUGAGACCAGAGCUUUCCUGCUGGAGGGAGACUCGGACGGUGAUGGGAAGAUCGGCUGGGAAGAGUUUUCUGCGAUGGUCAAGUCUUCAUAAGUCCUGCAUGAGCCCCAGAUGUUUUGCUGUAGGAUGAUCUUAUGAUGACUUUGAUUUAUAAUGUUGGUUAGCUACAGUAAAUAACUUCUAAAGACUUUAUGUGAUUAGAAACUUUUUCACACCAAGGACCCCUAAACUGACACAAGU